ACUAUUGUUCGUUUUGUAAUAUGUGUAAAGUAUAUCUUUUUAACGCAGCUAUUAAAAAAUAUAACCUAACUUUGGAUUGUCAUCAUUGAAUUCGAUUUCUGUUGACUAAUUUGCAAGUAAUCGUAUAGUAACCAUGGCUUCAGAGCGCUAUAGCUUUUCUUUAACAACUUUCAGCCCGUCUGGAAAGUUGGUGCAAAUUGAAUAUGCUCUUGCAGCAGUAGCGGCAGGAGCUCCCUCAGUAGGCAUCAAGGCUUCAAAUGGUGUUGUAAUAGCAACUGAGAAUAAGCACAAAUCUAUUUUAUAUGAUGAGCAUAGUGUCCACAAGGUAGAAAUGAUAACCAAACAUAUAGGUAUGAUUUAUUCAGGUAUGGGCCCUGAUUAUCGUCUGUUAGUCAAACAAGCUCGUAAAAUGGCUCAACAGUAUUUCCUUGUUUACCAUGAACCUAUACCCACUGUUCAAUUAGUUCAAAGGGUUGCAGCAGUGAUGCAAGAAUAUACACAGUCUGGAGGCGUGAGACCUUUUGGGGUAUCUUUGCUCAUAUGUGGAUGGGACAACAAUAGACCAUAUCUAUUCCAAUGUGAUCCAUCUGGUGCCUAUUUCGCUUGGAAAGCCACUGCCAUGGGCAAAAACUAUGUCAAUGGGAAAACUUUCUUAGAAAAAAGAUACAGUGAAGACUUGGAACUGGAUGAUGCCGUUCAUACUGCCAUACUAACACUCAAAGAAAGUUUCGAAGGACAGAUGACUUCUGACAAUAUUGAAGUUGGCAUUUGUGAUGCUAAUGGAUUCAAGAGAUUUGAUCCCGCUACAGUUAAAGAUUUUCUAGCCAAUAUUCCAUAAGUUUCUUAUAGUUUGAAUAUGUAUUCUUUUUUUUUGAUACAUUACUAUACAGAGUAUUUGAACUAUUACAUUUAUAUAUGUAGAAAUUUGUAUCAUUGAUCACCUCAAAUAAUUACUGUCAGUUUGUUUUUUGCGUUCAAGGAAAAUGUGCCUCAUUGUAUUAUCUGCCGAACCAUCAUCCCUUUUUUAUGCAAUAUUACAUUAUUUUGUCAAAUAAGUUGUAAAAACAUAGAAUGUAAUGUUUGUGUCAUUGUCAGUAACUGUCAAAAUUAUGUAUCCUCGCAUGUAGCCUUUUUACUCUUUUUUCAAUGUUAUCAAGGAUCGCAGUUAAUUAGAACCUAAUAGUACAUUG